ACUGUGCUUGGGUUGGUGGGACAAGUGUCAGCUGCUAUUUUCAGAAACUCUGUGCUGUUUGGGAUCCACUCCUGCCAUCUCCUGCCUGCCAUGGGGAGACUGUGGGUGCCCCAGCUUGUCACCACCUCCAGAUCUCUGCUGCUGUGGGUAGCACUAUUGUGUCUAGCUCCAGCCAUCAGGAGUAAUGGUCCCCCAAAGGCAUCACUGACCCUGGAACCCCCUUGGUUCAAUGUGCUCAGAGAAGACAAUGUGACCUUUAUAUGUGAGGGGUUCCAAACCCCUGGAGAGGAAUCCAUUGAAUGGUUCCACAAUGGGUCAUCUUUCCCCAUCCACCAGGACGCCUAUAACAUUCCAGCUGUCAACAUCAAGGACAGUGGGGAAUACCAGUGCCGGACAAAACAAACUGCCCUCAGCAACUCUGUGAAACUACAGGUCACUAGUGAUUGGGUGCUACUUCAAGUGGAGAGACUGGAAUUCAUGGAAGGUGAUUCUAUGAUGUUGAGGUGCCACAGCUGGAGGAGCAAACCACUGUAUAAAGUCACAUACUACCACAAUGACAAAGCCUUAAAGUAUGACUCUCAGAGUUUCAGAUAUGUUGUUUCGCAAGUGAACUAUACUCAUAGUGGAUCCUACUAUUGUACAGGGAACUUGGGGAAAAUGACAUAUGUAUCCCCAACUGUGUUUAUCACUGUCCAAGGAGGGAAGCCAAGCACCACAAAAGUGGUUAUAAUAGCUGUGGCCCUGCUGCUUGUGAUUGCUACAAUUGCAGCUGCUGCCCUGUAUUACUACAAGAGACACAAGAGAGCAGCCAAUGCUUCUGAUGAGACAGGAAGGAUUGAGGUGGAAAAUUCCAUGUCUUUUUCAUUUCUAAAGGACACAGAUAACCUUGAAGAAGAAGCAUCAGGACACUCAAUUUACCAGAAUCACUAAUAAUCAUGACCGCCUCUAAUCCUCCUGCAGGGACCCUAAUCUGCUUCUUCCCACAAGCACCAGGUCGAAUGGGCCUAAGGCUGGAGACCAAUUGACUGAAGAGCAAAUUUUGCCAUUCCACAGAAAAUGGAUCUGAAAAAUCUCAUUGGCAGUUGUCCACAUGAAUCAAAAGCUGCUUUUAAAGACCUGAAGUCCCCCAAUUGAGAAAUGGUCAAAGGCUAUGAACAUGCUGUUUUCAGAUGAAGAAUUCAAAGCUAUCUAUUGCCAUAUGCUCUAAAUCACUAUUGAUUAGAGAAAUGCAAAUUAAAAC